UAUCAGAUGAAACUAUUACUUCCGAUGUUGAUAGAAGCUCACACAUAGUGCCUUCUGAACCCAUGAUCACCUCCUAUAAAGACAACCCACUUCCAACAAAACCCCAUCAGAAUAUUUCUCCUUCAGAACCUAUGCCCACUACUCUACUUUCAGAAAAAUCUCCUCAGAAAACUAAUUCUCAACAUAGCACAAAAUUAGAAACAGUAGAUUCUUCAAAUCAUGCUGGUCACCAAACUGAAACUGUGCUUGAAAACAUGCACAAGGCAGAAAGAAUCCAAAUUAUUCAACCAGAAGAAACAACAAGCUUAUCAAAAAAAACUGUUUCCCAGGAUUUAACAGCCCCCAGAAAUAGGUAUAGGUCAACAAAUUAUGUUACUAGUACUCAUUCAAAAACUACUUCAGCACCAGAAAAUACUGCUGUACAACCUAACUCUGGGACCUCUGCUUCUUCAAUUCAAACAUAUGGGCACAGAG